AUGGGCGAUCAAGAUGAAGGUGUCCAUGCGUGCACAAGGCGUUUGGAUGCUGUCGAGCACGAUGACCCAAAGGAAAAGGUGGACAUGAAGAAGGAUCAGAUAGCGCUUACCGCCAUCUAUCAAGGCAUCCCGGAGGAGACGCUGCGGGUAGUACUCGAGAAGGAAACUUCCAAGGAGGCAUGGGAGUGCAUCAAGAUGAUGCCAAGUGACAAGAUGGAGGACUUGUAUGUGGUAAGGAAGAUCCUCAGAGCCACACCAAAUAAGUUCUUGCAGAUUGUCGCUUCAAUCAAGCAAUUCGGUGACCUCGAGACCAUGACAGUUGAGGAGGUCUUCGGCAGGCUCCAAGCGUACAAAGAAAGGUUGCACGGCAACGACAACGACGUCGACAUCAAUGCUGAGCAUGUGUUGCUCACUAAAGCCCGAUGGAGAGCUAAGGAGAAGGAUGGAGAUAAGCAUCUGUUGCUCACCCGAGAACAAUGGAGGGCUAAGGAGCAGAAGGAUGGUGGUGACGGCUACUUCAAUAGCGGUGGACGAGGCAGCAAGAAUCAGAAAUUCGACAAGGCUAAAGUGAGGUGCUACAAGUGCAAUGAUUAUGGGCACUUCCAGUGGAAAUGCGAGGAGUCAAAGAAACCAGAGAAUAUGUUGUUUAUGGCUGCAGAGGAGGAUGACCACCCGGUGCUACUCUAA